AUGGUCUUCUUCGUCGCUGUAGCCCUCUUUGUCUUGAGUACCAUUGCUGCAGCUUACACCACCGUUAGCGACGACACACUCAAAGGCUUCCCGGCUCCUGGACCCGAGUUUGAUAUCAAAAAGGGCUCCAUUCUCGCCCCGAUCCUUCGCACACGGGUGUCGGGCACCGAAGGCAACGUUGCUGUUCGUCAGCAUCUGGUCGAUUUCAUAAAGACGCAGUUGCCCGAGUGGAGAAUCGAGCUUCACAACUCUACUUCCACCACCCCUAUUAGCGAUGGAAAACAAGUGCCUUUCGUCAACAUCAUUGCCACACGAGACCCGCCGAAUGCAAAGGUUGGAGACGUGGGCAGGUUGGCGCUGGUCGCCCACUACGACAGUAAACUGCAACCCGAGGGCUUCAUUGGAGCCACGGACAGCGCUGCACCUUGCGCCAUGAUCCUGCAUACAGCGCGAAGCAUCGACAAAGCCCUGACCAAGAAGUGGGAGGCUAUGGCUGAUGAUAUGGACACGCUGGACGAACCCAAAGGCGUGCAGCUUCUGUUACUAGACGGGGAGGAGGCGUUUGUUGCAUGGACGGCAACAGACAGCAUAUACGGGGCUCGCGCUCUAGCAGAAGACUGGGAAACCGCUUACCAUCCCGCUACAUCCACUUACCAGACACCGCUCGAUUCAAUAGACCUGUUCCUCCUACUCGAUCUCCUGGGUGGCGCUAGCCCUGUUGUUCCAUCAUACUUCAAAACUACACACUGGGCGUACAAACAUAUGGCCGAGUUGGAACAUCGAAUGCGCGAUCAAGGCUUGUUCAAAUCGUCACCAAAUCAUGCUUCCAAGCUGGCAAAGCGCAACAACAAGAAACGCAAAGAGCCUUACUUCUUGACCGAACUCGAAAAGGCCGAUACCGCUUACUUCCUGGGAGGGGCGAUUGAGGAUGAUCACAUACCUUUCAUGGCCCGUGGUGUUGAAAUAUUACAUAUGAUACCUUCACCUUUCCCCACCCAAUGGCAUAACAUUGAGGAUGAUGGAGAGCACUUACACAUGGAGACUGUUGAAGAUUGGACAAGGCUGGUUACGGCAUUUACUGCCGAGUGGAUGGAAUUGGAAGGGCAUUUUGACUCCAAAGUGCAAAAGAGGACGAUAUCUGAGGACAAAUCGGAAUUUAUGAUACCCUAG